AUGGCAGGAAGCAAUUGCUCCCAAGCAACCGAGUUCAUCUUGGCAGGGUUCCCUGAGGCACCAGCAGCUCAGGUUGCCCAGUUCCUGCUGUUCCUGCUCACCUACCUUGUCACCAUCCUGGGGAACCUUGGGAUGAUUGCCUUGAUCAGAGUCAGUCCCCUGCUCCACUCCCCCAUGUAUUAUUUCCUGGGCAACCUGGCUUUUGUGAACCUCUGCACUUCCACCAUCAUCACCCCCAGGAUGUUGGCCGGGGUUUUGUUGGGGAAGAAAGGAAUCACCUAUGCCGGGUGCAUGGCUCAGGUGUUCACUUUUGACCUGUUUGAGAUGGUCGAGUGCGUCCUGCUGGUUGUGAUGGCUUAUGACCGAUACGUGGCUGUUUGCCACCCCCUGCUCUACCCCCUUGUAAUGUCCCCAGAGCGCUGCUCCCGGCUAGUGACCGGGUCCUACCUCCUGGGGCUGAUCAACGGUGUGGGACAAACCAUCAGCAUGUCCAGCUUGUUCUUCUGCGGCUCCAGCGCCAUUGAUCUGUUCUUCUGUGACAUUUCCCUGCUGAUCUCGCUCUCUACCUCCAACACCACCCUCAGCCUCAACAUCAUGAGGACAUCAUCUUUGCUCGGUGUUUCCAGCAUCCUGGUGGUCCUGGUGUCCUACAUGGUCAUCAUCUCCACCGUCCUGAGCACCAGCUCUGCCGGAGGCAAGCGCCAAGCCCUCUCCACCUGUGCCUCCCACCUCACCACCGUCAGCACCUUCUAUGGGUCACUGAUUUUCAUGUACUUAAUCCCCAGGUCAGAAACCUCCAGGGGAGGAGAUAGAUGGGCUGCUGUGCUCUACACUGUGGUGACCCCUAUGCUGAACCCCUUGAUCUACGGCCUGAGGAACCAGGUGGUAAAGGAGGCUUGGAGGAGACUCAGGAAAAGAAAAUCAGCUUGGAUGUUUUAA